AUGGCGUCCACGUCCGAGUCUACCGCUGCGGCUCUGCAGCGCUACAGCGCCUUUGUGGAGGAGGUUCUGCGCCCGCAACUCAAGGAGACGCUCGCGCACCGCGACGCGCUGGCGCAGGAGGUGCAGGAGUACUCGGAGCUGCGCGAGCUGCUGCAGGAGCUGGCGGCCAAGCCGGACGAGCCGCUGCACACGCUGCUGGACGUCGGCGAGCGCUUCCACGUGCGCGCCAAGGUGCCGGACACGUCGCUCAUCACGGUGGACAUCGGCCUCAACUUCCACGUGGAGAUGACGGUCCCAGAGGCGCAGAAGUUCGUGCAGAGCCACCUGCUGCACUUGACAGAGAAGCGCAACAAGUGGCAGGAGAAGGCGCGCGAGGUGUCGGAGCAUGUGAACCUCGUCAUCGCCUCCAUCCAGCAGCUCGCGGCAUUGCAAUGA